AUGCGCCCAUUAUUACAAGUAAGAUCCAAAGGUCGACCUAAUGUUUAUGCCAAUGGGAACCCAAACCAUAGAAUAGCAGUAUUUGCUGAAGAAAUUGCCAAUAAUAAUAAUAAUGAAAAAUCAGAUGAUAUAGAAGUACCAAUAGGAAAAUGUAAGAAACAACAAGCUGUAAUUAUACUAAAAGCAUCACCAAAACAAGUGAUUGAUUUAAGAAAUGGACAAAUUGUUGGUCCUUAUGAUGAAUCUAAAUCACAAGCUAAUAUAACUACAAAACCUCCACCACCACCCGUGAUCAAUGAUGAUAGUUUUAUAAAUACUUCCACAUGUUGUGGGAUUCUGAAACCUGCUAAAUCAUGUGGAUGUUGUUCAAAUAAGAGGAAACCAGUUAAUAAAUCAAAGAUUUUAAAGACUUAUUUAAAGAAACGACUUGAAAAACAAAUAAAACAAGAACCAAAUAGCGUGUUAGAAUCUGAAAAUAGGAAAUCAAACCAGGAUAUGAAACUAACAGGGAUAUCAUCGAGUCUCAAUUCCAAUAAGAAAGAAUUCGUUGCUGUUGUUCCAGUUCCAUCUUGUUCAAUUCCAGGUACUUGUUCUUGUGAUGAUAAUUGUAAAUGUGAUGGAUGUAUAGUUCAUGGAAAUGGUAACAAUUCAUCAAUUCCUAGUUUUAUACAAGAUUUAAAUUAUUUACAGAAUUUGAAUGAUAUAAAUGAUACUACCAAUCAACUUUCAAUCACUCAAAAUCAACCUCCCUUAUUUGACAACAAUAUCCUUGACAAUAACCAUACAUAUCCUUCAAUCACAUCUCAGCUACAACAACCGCAUCAACAAUCAGUACAGCCAACAAAACAAGAAAUACCGAAUUUGAGCCCAAUGGAACCUCUAAUAAUUGAUUCUCCACCUGGAAGUAUAUGUUCAUGUCCAUCCGAUGGAUGUGAUUGUACGAAUUGUGAAAUACAUGGAAAUAUCAAUGGAUAUAAAUUAGAUGAAUAUUUUCAAUCAAAACCACGAAAUGAACAAGAAAUUUUCCUUGCUGCUAUAUCUGAUUAUAUAUUAUUCCCUGAAAUGAUGAAUUCAACUAAUGGAAAACCAAUUAGAAUAUCGAAUAAUGAUUUUGAAUUUGAGGUGGAUCCUUUAUUGAUUCUGUUAUUGAAAUCUGAACCCGGUGAUAGAAAUCCGUAUCCGACAGUUAAUACUGGGAAGGGAAAUGGUUCAUGUUGUAGUAAUAAGGCGACGACGAAUACCCAGCUAGAACAGCUACAAUAUGGGACCACUAAUAUCCAAUUUGAAAAUCAUGUUUAUAAGAAUAGUAACCAGCCGAAUGCCAUGGAUACAUCAUGGCGUCCAGAAACAUCAGUCGCUGGGACUUGUUGUAGCUCGGAGAAUCAAUAUUCAAUCGGUUCUUUAACUACUCCAGGAAACCAAAGCUCUUGUUGCAAGAAGAGUUAUUAA